GCCCAUCGUCAGGCUGUAAGGAUUAAAAUUCCACUGCAUCAGCUGAUGAUCCCGAUAGAGGAAGCCUCGGUAAGCCAGAUUUCCGUUAAUCAUGGAAGAUCCUGUGUUUAAAACCAAGUACCAAAAGUACAAGUACAAAGUGAAGCUGUGGGAAAAGGAAUUUCGAAAGCGAAAUGGACGGAUUCCUUCGAAGCACGACAUUCGGGACUCCCCGGCGGAGGUGCGUGAUUCGUACAAGAUGUAUUACAAGCUGAAGACGUCUCUUCUGGAGAACACCCUGCAUGAUGCGUUGGAUGACGAUGACGAUUUCGAUAGCUCGUUGGUGUCGCAAAUGGAAGGUAGUUUGUCGCAGGAUUGUUCCAUCGGUGAGUUCUCCAAUCUGGGUGAAAUUAAAGCAUCCAAUGUGUCAAUCAGUGCUCUUCUGACGGAUCAGAUUGAAGGAAAAGUUACCGAGUUUGAAGCGGAACAGUUAUCGGAACAAAAUGCUAACGCUUGGGGAAAGGAUCUCACCAGGAGAAAGCCUGUUGUUGAGCAGGUAAAGGAGAAAUCAUCGGUGAAACCAAAGGCGAGAGCCCCUACGAAGCUGCUGAUGGAAGCUUCUGCUAUGGUUCCGAAGCGGAACCCCCGUAAAUCUCUGUCUAGCAGUCGGCUAUCGUCGAGUAGUUCGUUGUCCGCAUCGUUUUUGAGUUCAACCACCGUGUCCAGCUGGAAAGAUUCUCUACCAGAUUUGGAAACGCUUCUGAAUGAGAAAUCCAAACAAGCAGCCGUAGAAGUUUCACCGUCUCAAUCUGCUGCCUGCAAAGUUAUCCAAGAAGCGAAAGAACUGGUGAAUCAGUUGGACGAAGGAUGGCUAAAUCGCCAAUCGGGAGAAGCCGGGGUUUGCACACCUGUGCGGAAUAGCAGUUCUCAGGCCAAAACAUUUGGCUUGAGGAAUGUCAAUCUGUCCGCUUUGGACUCUCCUGUUGGGAAGGUAGAUUCAUGCAGUAGCUUCGGUAUGUCAUCGCUCAGUGUGAAUUCCUUUGUUGACGAGGGGAUAGGGUCCGAGUUUGAAGCGAGAUCGAACCCGCAGAUCGUAGUCGCUCAGAGCACUGCGUAUGAUCUUGCAAUUCAGUCCGAUUCCGAUGGGGUGGUGGAGAAUAGCGAGGAUGAAACGACAGGCAGUGUUAAUGGAUCAUUCAACUCUGGGCGGGUUCGGCAUGUCGCGAAGAAGCGGAAGGUGUUUACCAGUGUGAAUUUUAAAGCGGAAGCUAAAUGUUCUGAAGGGGAUGUGGUGAAAAAGGAUUUGCAGGUACUGGCAGCUUCCACCGUGGUUGAAGGUGGGGUGGAAAAUCAAGAUCCGACGAAAGGUAGCGAAUCUCUGGAGGAUGCAGAGCCGAAGCCAAAACGGGGACGGAAGAAGGCUCCUGCAAAGCCUAAAGCAGCGAGCAAAGCACGAGUGACGAAGGCUCCAGUUCGGCGGACUACACGAGGUCGUAAACCUGUUCAGUACUCGCAACAGGUUGGCAGUGAAGAGGAAACCGGUGACUUUGAUCCGGACGAUGAGGACAAAGAUCCGGAUUUCAAAGAAAGCUCUAAAGAUCAUUCUACAUUUGAGGAUUUGCAACAGGUUAAGAGUCCUCCAAAAGCUAAGGCCAAUGUUCCCGUGGUUAAAUCUAGGAAAAAAGCCGAACCAAGACCAGCUCGCAAGUCUGCAGCUAAGCAAGUCUCGCCAUCCUCGGGUGGUGAGCGAAAGCGACGAUCAGGCAGUUUCAAGAAGAGCCCGGUAGCACCGAGGAUCGGUGGCAAUACGGGUAAGGGAAAGAAGAGAGUCACGAGACAAACAAGUGUUAAGGAUCAUCCGAAGGACGAACCAGUGAAAGAGGACGAGUUCGACGAUUACGUGCUGGAGUUUGGCAUAGAGAGCUUGAACAAUGCUCCCAGGGUGGACAUUGGGGAGCUGAAGAAAAGUACCCAAGUGGUGGAAAACUUUAUUCAAGGCGUUCCUAUGAACAAUUUCAAGACGAAGAGAGCGGUAGAAGGCGUCAAGAUUGAAACUACCAAGGAAGCGGUGUUGAGGAAGAAAGCCGCAGCCGGUAAACUGAACGAGAACUUUGUGCGAAUUGAUCUCCGGAAGAAGGUCUUUGUACGGGGGAAGAAAACGGUGAACUACAGCAAGUACAAGAAGAGCCUGUGGAAGAAAAAGAAGGCUGCUGCUUUGAGCGGGCCGGAAAUGGACAUGGGAGGAUGCGACGGUGGUGUGUUGACCUGCUUCCAGUGUGGUGGGGUCGGUCACAUGGCACGAAGUUGUAAGGUGAAAGGGGAACAAUUGCUGCCUUUGGAUGCAGACGGUGGAGCGGAAGAAUCGUCGUUUCCAACGUUGGAUGAAGCAGAAUGUAUGGCAAAGGCGCAGUCACUGGCCGUCCAUGCCAACAAAAUCGAAAAGCUUCCUGCGGUGAGUAACCCGCUGUGGAAGCUAGACGAGGCAGAAUCUCCUUCAAAUCCAGAAGCGAACAGUGAAUACAAAGAUCUCCCGGAGGAACCAGUACCGGACUAUAUCGGUCAUGCAAUCCCGCAGGACUUCCUGAAGAAGUCCGGCAUCCUGGAGUACACCGUUGGCAACAAGGACAAAGUCGGUCCUCUCUAUCAGAUGAACUCGGAUGGAUCUCUACCGCCGACACCGAAGGAAGUACAGGAAGCGCUGAAAAUGUUCGGUCAUCAGCAGUUCCGUGCCGGUCAGGAGCGCGCAGUUAUGCGGAUUCUCUGCGGAAUGUCUACCCUGGUCACAUUGAGCACGGGAUCCGGUAAAUCCUUGUGCUACCAACUACCCGCUUAUCUCUACAGGAAGCACCGAAAGUGCAUCACUCUAGUCAUUUCACCGCUCGUUUCGUUGAUGGAGGAUCAGGUUCAUGGGGUUCCUGAUUUCCUGAAUGCACAGUGUCUCCACACGAAUCAGUCCCCCAAGGUUCGAGCGAAGACGAUGGCAGCCAUCACCGAUGGGGAGUUGGACGUGUUGCUUAUUUCUCCGGAAGCGGUCGUAUCCGGUGAGAAGUCUACUGGUUUCGGUUCACUGCUACGUCAACUGCCUCCGAUAGCAUUUGCCUGUAUCGAUGAGGCGCACUGCGUGUCCCAGUGGAGUCACAACUUCCGGCCGAGCUAUCUGAUGAUCUGUCGGGUACUCAAGGAAAAACUUGGAGUCCAUACGAUUCUCGGCUUAACUGCGACUGCUACCGUCCAGACUAGACUCAGCAUCGUCGAGCACCUGGCCGUUCCGGAUGGUACCAGUGGCAUCAUCAGUGAUACGCCCCUACCGGACAAUCUGAUCCUCACGGUGUCGAAGGAUGCCAACCGUGAUGCGGCGCUGCUCCACCUGCUGCAGUCGGAUCGGUUUAGCGAACUCCGAUCGAUCAUCGUGUACUGCACCCGACGGGACGAGUGUGAGCGGAUUGCUGCGUUCCUGCGCACCUGUUUCCAGGAAGCGCAGCGAGCGGAAUCCGAAGAAACCGGUAGAAAAAGGAAAAGAGUGAACUACACGGCCGAACCGUACCAUGCGGGACUGUCAUCGGCCAGGAGGCGAACCAUUCAGAAUGCAUUCAUGAGUGGAGAGCUGAGAAUCGUGGUAGCAACGAUCGCCUUCGGGAUGGGUAUCAACAAGGCGGACAUCCGGGCGAUUAUUCACUACAAUAUGCCGAAGAAUUUCGAGAGCUACGUGCAGGAAGUUGGUCGUGCUGGUCGCGAUGGGAACGUCUCUCACUGUCAUGUGUUUUUGGAUUGCCAUGGGAAGGAUAGGAACGAACUGAGGAGACACAUUUAUGCGAAUUCUAUAGAUAGGCACGUGAUCAGGAAGCUGCUGCAGAAAAUUUUUAUGCCGUGUGCCUGUGCGAAGAAUUUCAAGGAUGAGAAAUUCUCCGAUGAGCAUCGAAAGCAGAUAGAAGCAUUGAAUGGCAUCAACUGGUCUGAUGAUUUCGACGAAACGAUGGAGGAGGCAUCAAGUAGCAGUGCCAAAACGGUUAGAAGCAAGCGGAUAUGUCCAGGGCAUGAAGCUUGCUUCUCUGUGGAGUCGACUGUCCAGCAGUUGGACAUUCCGGAAGAGAACAUUGCAACGUUGCUGUGCUAUUUGGAACUACACGAACAGCGGUACAUACACGUGCUGAGCAAGGCCUACGUAAUGAGCAAAGUAAUGUCCUAUGCUGGACCAAAAGCCUUACGGAAUGCAGCCAAGGAUUGUCCACCACUGGCCAUGGCAAUUGCGCUGGAACUGAAGAAAGGCAACGUUCAGACGGGUUCCACUUUCAUUGAGUUCCCGGUUAUUGAUGUUGCGUCUGCCAUCGGUUGGGAUAGCGGUGUGGUGAAGUUUCAGCUGAAGAAUCUUGAGUGGACCAUCGAAAACAACGCUCGUCAGCGAUCUCCUAUCAGUGUAAGCUUCUUCGAUCUUGGCUUCCGAAUUCGAGCUCCGGGAGAUCUAACCGAUGAGGAAUUGGAUAAGACCUUGGACUCCUUGUACGAUAGGGUUUCGAGUCAGGAAAGGGCUCAGCUACUGCAGCUUCAGUGUGUUUCGCAUGCGCUGUCGUCGGUGGCUUUCCAAACGUACCUCCCCAUUAGUAGGACCGACUGUCCCCAGGGACCUUCGGAUAAGCUGAAGACAAUCGUACGGGAGUACUUCCAAACCGAUAUCAGCAACGAGCAAAUCGAACUUAUUCCCGAGAUGGACGACACCCCGGACAGCCAGCUGCUGAACGACAUUCGAACGCUGAUCCAUCGCUAUCCGGAGAACAAUUUCAGUGGCAGGGCUGUAGCGAGGAUUUUCCACGGAGUGCAGAGUCCCAACUAUCCGGCCGUUAUCUGGGGUAGAAGUAACUUUUGGCGUGCCUAUACCAGUGUCGACUUUAAUCGGAUCGUACGCAUGGCUAAUGCAGAAAUUGUGCGCAUGCGAACGUGAAUAGUUGUCUUCGCUAUGCGGAUUGAUGAUAAUACUGUUUUUUUUUUGUGCGGUUUACUAUUAUCAAGCCUGCUUACCUUUUAAUGUUGAUGUGAUAGGUGCUUAGGAAAAAGAUUGAUUAUUGAAAAAAGUCUACUCGUCGGAUUGCGUGAC